UGCAAGAAAUAUACUACUGUUAUUUAUAGCCAAUUUUGAUCAUCUUAAUCGCUUCACUGGAAGAGAAAAGCAAAAGCUGAGGAGGAGAAAAGGGGGGGCUUAGCUUCUUCCUUGAUUUUGAAGCCUCUUUCUCUCAAGAUGUUUGAUUCUUUCAAUCAGUAUAAACUUGAGGUUUCUCAGAUUCCCUCAACUUUCCAUUCGUACUUUUCCAAAAUCCUGAGUCUUAAAAUCCUUUGUUUCUUCUCCAAGGCCUUCCAAACUCAUUACUUUCCUUGAAAAGAAUUUCUCCAGCAAAACUAUGGUGCCAUUCCUAUACCUGACACUCUUCUCUAUUGUAGGCACUGCUGUUUCUUCUUCUUCUCUUCUUACUGAUUUUCAUGCUUUAGUCACUCUCAAAGAAGGAUUCGAGUUCUCCAAUCCAGCCAUUGACACUUGGAACACUUCUGACCAGAACUCUUUAUGUUCAUGGACAGGAAUCAAAUGCUUCCAUGGACGAGUAGUGGCUCUCAAUAUAUCCAACAUGAACCUUUAUGGCUCUGUUUCCCCUGUUAUUUCAAGCCUUGACAAGCUGAUGGAGCUCAACCUUGACGGCAACAAUUUCACUGGUGAAAUCAAGAUUGAGAAUAUGAGCAGUCUGCGAUCUCUGAACAUAUCCAACAAUCAGUUCAUUGGACAUCUUGACUGGAACUACUCAUCUUUAGCCAAUUUACAAGUGUUCGAUACCUACAAUAACAAUUUCUCUGCUUCUCUUCCUCUUGGAGUGCUGAGCUUGAAGAACCUCAGGCACUUAGAUUUGGGUGGAAAUUAUUUUUCCGGUGAAAUUCCAGCAAGGUAUGGCGAAAUGAUUGGAUUAGAGUACUUAGAACUUGCAGGAAAUAAUCUUCAAGGUAGGAUUCCUGGUGAAUUGGGCAAUCUGACUAACUUGAAAGUACUUUACCUGGGCUACUUCAAUGCCUUUGAGGGUGGUAUUCCUAAAGAGUUGGGGAAGCUGCAAAAUCUGGUCAUUUUGGAUCUUACAAAUUGUGAAUUGGAUGGUUCAAUUCCUCCUCAGUUAGGGAAUUUGCAAUCUCUUGAAACUCUCUUUCUGGACAUCAAUGCCCUAUCUGGUCCAAUACCAAAGCAAUUAGGCAACCUCACAAGCCUGGUCACUCUUGAUCUUUCUCGCAAUGCACUUGUUGGGGAGAUCCCAUACGAGCUCAUUGACCUCAGGCGGCUACGGCUUCUGAAUCUUUUCAUGAACAGAUUGCAUGGCUCGAUACCAGAUUUUGUUGCUGACUAUCCUAAUCUGGAAGUUCUUUAUCUCUGGAAGAACAACUUUACCGGCACUAUUCCAGACAAUCUAGGCCAAAACCGGAAGCUUCAAGAGCUGGACCUGUCCUCAAACAAGCUAACUGGUAUCAUCCCCCAAAACUUGUGUGCCUCAAAACAGCUUAGAAUCUUGAUUCUUUUCAAAAAUUUUCUCUUUGGGUCAAUUCCAGAAGGCUUGGGAACAUGUUCGAGCCUUGUUAGAGUCAGGUUAGGACAGAACUAUUUUAAUGGUAGCAUCCCAAAUGGCCUCAUUUACUUGCCCGAUUUAAACUUGCUCGAGUUGCAAAAUAAUUUGUUGUCUGGAACCUUAAUUGAAAAGGGCGACAAUGCAUCAAACCCAACUAAAUUAGCUCAAUUGAAUCUCGCAAACAAUCAGCUUUCAGGUUUGUUACCAUUUUCUAUUGCCAGUUUUUCUUCCCUCCAAAUCCUUUCAUUAGGUGGAAACAAAUUUUCUGGUCCAAUACCUCCUGCUAUAGGUGGACUUCAAGAAGUAGUGAAGCUUGACCUCAGUGCAAAUGCUCUUUCUGGAGAAAUCCCAGCUGAAAUUGGUAAUUGCCUUCACCUAACGUAUCUAGACCUGAGCCAGAACAACCUGUCUGGCUCAAUUCCAGCCCAAAUCUCAAGCAUAAGAAUCUUAAACUACUUGAAUGUAUCAAGGAACCACUUGACUGAGGCAAUCCCGAAAUCAAUUGGUUCGAUGAAAAGUCUCACCACUGCAGAUUUUUCCUUCAAUGAUCUUUCUGGAAAGCUGCCCGAAUCAGGCCAAUUUGCAUUCUUCAAUGCUUCUUCAUUUGCGGGAAACCCUCAACUCUGUGGAUCCUUGCUGAACAAUCCUUGCAAUGCCACCCCAGUAACAAGUCCAACAGGGAAGUCUCAUGGCGAAUUCAAGCUAAUCUUCGCCCUCGGCUUAUUAAUCUGUUCACUAGUCUUCGCAACUGCAGCCAUAAUCAAGGCCAAGUCGUUCAAGAAAAAUGGCUCAAAUUCAUGGAAAAUGACAGCCUUCCAAACUCUGGAUUUCACUGUUGCCGACGUCCUGGAAUGUGUGAAAGAUGGCAAUGUGAUAGGCAGAGGAGGUGCCGGCAUAGUCUACCAUGGCAAAAUGCCAAAUGGGGUGGAAAUUGCAGUUAAGAAGCUUCUCAGCUUGAACAAUAACACCCAUGAUCACGGCUUUAGGGCCGAAAUUCGAACCUUGGGUAACAUUCGUCACAGGUACAUUGUAAGACUCCUUGCCUUUUGCUCAAACAAGGAAACAAAUCUGCUGGUGUACGAGUACAUGAGAAAUGGAAGCUUAGGAGAAGCAUUGCACGGUAAAAAAGGUGGGUUUUUGGGGUGGCAGCUGCGGUACAAAAUUGCUCUAGAAGCUGCAAAAGGGCUGUGCUAUCUUCAUCAUGAUUGCUUCCCUUUGAUUGUUCAUCGUGACGUGAAAUCCAACAACAUAUUGUUGAAUUCGAGCUUUGAAGCUCAUGUUGCUGAUUUUGGGCUGGCCAAAUUCUUGGCGGAUGGCGGUGCUUCCGAGUGCAUGUCAGCAAUUGCGGGGUCCUAUGGUUACAUUGCCCCAGAAUAUGCAUACACGUUGAAAGUGGAUGAGAAGAGCGAUGUGUACAGCUUCGGGGUGGUGCUGCUUGAGCUGAUCACCGGGCGUCGUCCGGUGGGUGAUUUUGGCGAAGGCGUAGAUAUUGUGCAAUGGGCCAGAAGAUCAACCAAUUGCAGAAGAGAAGAAGUCGACGGCAUCGUUGAUCCGAGACUCUCGACCGCAGUGCCAAAAGAUGAAGCCAUGCAUUUGUUCUUCAUUGCCAUGCUCUGCGUUCAAGAAAACAGCGUUGAACGUCCCACCAUGAGAGAAGUUGUUCAGAUGCUCUCAGAAUUUCCUCGCCAAUUUUCAUCCACCCCUGAUUAUCGCACUCAAUCUUCUUCUUCUUCCUCUUCUUCUUCACUAAUCACUUUUCCGCAGCGCCAAAAGAAUCCUAAUCUCAAAGAGAAAGACCACCAAACCUGCCCAAAAUUUCGACAGGAGACUUUAGUUUGACGAAAAAUCUUCUGACCUUUUUUUUCCCCCCUGUUUUAAGGUUUUUUGGUAACAUGGGUUGAUUUUGUUACGAGUUUGUUCUUCUCUUUUUAGUGAUCAUAGGAGAUUUGGUGACCAGAAGAGAGUACAUGGGAAUAAUCUCGAUAGUUGUUAGGUAGGUACUAGGUAGUUUCCUCAUGUAGAGAUAUUUUGUGAUCUUAAUUAAAUGGCCAUCAUGUUAUUCCAACCUCUUGUA